ACGGGACCAGACAGCGACCCCAUACACCACAAGAAACCCGGGACAAUGGACGACGUUCCCCCGAUCAUCAACAUCUCCAUCUCCCUGCGGAUCCAGCCCAACGAGGGACCCGUGUUCUUCAAGGUGGACGGGACCCGGUUCGGCCAGAGCCGGACCAUCAAGCUGCUCACAGGCUCCAAAUACAAGAUCGAGGUGGUGGUGAAGCCUGGGACCGUCGAGGCCACCAACAUGAACAUCGGAGGCAUCAUCUUCCCUCUGGAGCAGCAGUCCAGAGACGAUGACUCGGUGGUUUAUCACGGCCAGUACGACACUGAGGGCGUCCCGCACACCAAGAGCGGAGACCGGCAGCCUGUCCAAGUCAGUAUGGAGUUCAACAAGGCGGGGACGUUCGAGACGGUCUGGCAGGCGAAAUACUACAACUACUACAAGAGGGAGCACUGCCAGUUCGGCAACAAGUUCAGCAGCAUCGAGUACGAAUGCAAGCCCAACGAGACGCGGACCCUCAUGUGGAUCAACAAGGAGGCGUUCAACUGAGUCAGAUCAUCGUAGCACUGUCCACACACCCAACACCAAGCAGAGGACAUCCGUCGUACCAGGACUACCUUUGAACAUCAGCAUCACAACAGAAAGACAACCUUUUCCUGAAGGCGUGCGUCAAGUCAGCGAGGGUCUGGUCUUUGUAUUGUUUUAUCAGAGAGGGAGAGAAAAUAGCUGUUUGCUAUGCUGGUCUUUAAAGGGUUUUUGCUUUAGAGCUGCACUCGGCAACGUUGCUUUUUGGCAGCUUCACAUGCCAGCAAGAAGGGAACAGUUUGAAAUGUGUAGGUUAACGCACACAGCAGGUUUAUGUCUGGUACAAGUUGUUUAAAGGGACAUGCGGUUUUCUCCAGAGGGAGUUUUGCUUUCAUGUUUCAAUCUGUCACUUCCUACAUUGGUUGAACCCCUCCAUGAUCAAACAUCUCGAGUUUAGUGAUAUUUUAUGAUUUUGCUGGUACGAGAGCAAAGAGAAGCUCCACAUGAAAAGUUGCGGAGCGUAGCUUCAAAGCAGGGGUGGACAGGGCUGAAGGAACAAUCAGACACUCGUUAGACAUCUUCCUUAAAACAUUCAUAUAAAUUCAAAGUCCAUGCGUCCAGCGCAGAGACAGGUCGAGGAUGUGUUUAGCUAAGCUUAGCUCAAAGACUCGAAUCAGGGGGAAACGGCGUGCAACAAAGUGCAGGACAAAUCAGCAAUCUAGGAAGCUUGGAACUACGACGUAAUGAAAACCAUCAAAAACAGUUUCAGCAGAGCGAGUUACAAAACCCCAGAAACUCAGAUACACUGUUAAAAAUGACACAGGUGCAUUUGUGAUCUCGUUUUCUGCCUUCCUAUGAUAACUUUAUUUAUAUAUGGCCUUUUAAAAACAGAGUUCACAUAGUGCUUUGACAAAUGAAUCAAAAGGAGAGGUAGAGUUACAGAGGGAGGAGAAACCAUAUGCUUCAGUAUAAAUAAGGACAAUUA